AUGGUAUUUGCUUUUCUCUUUGUCUAUGCACCUACUGAUAGGGAGGAUAGAGAAGUUUGUUGGUGGGAGUUAGACCAUAAUUGCUCCAUUCUUCCUGGGUCUUGGAUUCUCUGCGGAGACUUCAAUGUCACAUUAUCCUCCGAUGAACGUAAUGGUCGUAAUGGAUCUCCUAGAGAUAUUAAGUCUUUCAGGGACUUCAUUUCUUCUGCAUCACUUAUUGACCUACCUUUAUCUGUUAGAACUUUUACAUGGUCAAAUAAAAGACUCAAACCUUCCAUGGCAAGGCUAGACAGAUUCUUAAUCAAUUAUGAAUGGGAAAAUAAAUUUCCUUCAUGCAUCCAAUUCUCUCUUCCUGCAUUUGGUUCAGAUCAUUUUCCGAUUAUUCUUAACAGUGGAGGGCUGAAGACUUUACCACCUAUCUUUCGUUUUGAGAGAAGUUGGCUUCAUAACACAGACUUCAUUCCAUUUGUUUCUAGAUGUUGGCAUUCUUUUCAAGGUCAGGGAAGCUCAGUUAACAUCUUCAUUUUGAAAUUAAAGCUCCUUAAGAGAAGGCUGAAAUGGUGGAAAAAGAAUGUUCUUGGAUGUAUAUCUACUAGGAAGUCAGAAGCUUUGUCCAAAGUCAAUGCUUUUGAUUUAUUAGAGGAGCAAAGACCUCUCUUGGAUUCGGAAUUUAAUGAAAGGAAAGCUAAUUUCAUAGCUACUAUUAACCAUCAGGGUAGAGAUAUUAUAGGAGAUGAUGAUGUUUCCAAAGCCUUUCAUAAAUAUUACUAUGAAUUAUUUGGGCAGAGUAAUAGUAAACACUUGCAUACUGAUUGGUCUACUCUAUAUCCUCAACAAGAGAAUAAUCUGCUAUCCUUAGAAGACAAGUUCACUGAGGUUGAAAUAAAAAGUGCAGUGCUUGGAAUGAAUGCAAAUAUAGCUCUAGGACUAGAUGGUUUCUCUAUGGCUUUCUAUCAACUUUUUGGGAACUGGUCAAGAAAAUCCAUGCUUGACUCUAUUAUUCAAGCAAAUAAAAUGAGUCAUGUCUGCUCAAAAAGAAAGAAGGAAGUGGCUAUGUUUAAGAUUGAUUUUGCCAAAGCCUUUGAUUCUAUAGACUGGGUUUUCCUCAUUGAGUUUUUGAAAGCUAGGGGCUUCGAUAAUAAGUGGUGUUCAUGGAUACUACAUAUUAUCUCAUCUUCUAAUUGUGCAGUCCUUGUCAAUGGUUCACCUUCUAAAUUCUUGUAUUAUAAACGAGGCCUCAAGCAAGGUGAUCCUCUAUCUUCAAUGUUAUUUAACAUUGUUGUAGAUGCUUUGAAUAGAAUGAUUAUGAAUAAUGUUGAGGAGGGAUUAUUAUCAUCUCUUGGGCUUAGGGAGCCUCUCAAUCAAUUGAGGAUACUACAAUUUGCUGAUAUAUUACUUUUUGUUAAAAGCUCUUCAAAUGAUAUCUUCAUUCUUAAAACUAUUCUUUAUAUUUUUGAAGAAAUAUCUGGUUUGAGUAUCAAUUACUCAAAAUCAUCUCUCAUAUAUUUUGGAAAAAUUCAUCAUAACGCUUAG